GUGAACAUUUCCGUAGCCACUUUGGCUCAAGUCCGCAGCCCCUGGCUCAAGGCGCUGGUCCCAGCACGAGCUGCCGCAGUGGGCUCGCCCACGCCUGCAGCGCCAAAUGCACAUGCCUGGUUACACCGGCCAUGUCCCCGGAAAGGACACGGGCGAACGGGUCAGCUACGCGGUCAGCCCAGCCAAGACCUCGUCGAGCGUGACCAAUCAACAGCGGGUCCAUGCAGCAAUUCCAGGCUACACGGGUCACAUCGGAGGGAAGACCCUGCACCACGGCGCCACCUACAAGACCCAGAAUCGCCAGGUGAUCAACAAGAAAGACUACCGAGAGGCAGAGGUGCGGCCCGGUGGUGCAGUUGCUGGAGCUCCACUGAAGCCUGGAGGCUAUCCUGGUCAGGGCCGGGCCACAGAUGCAACUCCUGGGUACACGGGCCAUUGUCCGAAGGCGAGUGCCGUGGUCGGGGCAACGUUCGCCUCGGCCAACCAGAAAGUCGCCAAGGAGAUGUGCGAGCCUCGCAAGGGCCUCGAGUAUCGGAGGUUAACUGCCCCGAACGUGGAGCCAGGAUCACCUGCGAGCGCAGGGUGCGGUGUGCUUGGAUACGCUGGGCACGUCCCUGGCCAUAAGCUCGAGCAGCGUUUCGUUGGUAUGAACAAGGCCGCCGUGGUCAGGCUCCUGGAGUCACCGAGGAGCGGUUCGCCGACGAGGUGUGGCGGGAAGAGCGGUUUUUCCACUCCCACGAGCACGAGCACGGGGGGGUCACGGCCAAGGUGGACGUGACAGAGUAGGUGGCACCAUCGAGCACAGAGUAGGCUUAGCCUUUCGACGUAGCUGCGCAGUCGGGUUUCCAAGGCUACAGUUUUUCCCCCCCUGAACGGGGAGUGCCAGCACUGUCCUCGCGGUCUCUAGGAGUCCACUCCGCGUGUUCGUGCAUCUGCCGUUGUGUAUAUAGUUUCCGACCUACCAUCUCAGCAAUGCAGUCAACCAGCAUCGUAAGGAUGAGCAACUUCCCAAGGUUAGCCUUGCGUCCUUCCCCUUCGGCCCAUCCUUGGCCGCUUUCGCUGGCCGCGCCCCGCUCGCAACGUGUCGACAUUAGCUACCAGUAGCUGCAAGAUCCUUCCGAGCUGCUAUCAUGUCUUUUUUGUCUGCGCGUUUCGUUGCUGCAUUAUGGCCUGGCAUCUCCGGGGGGUCCAGAACCAGGAGGUCUCGGAGCUGCCAUAUCCUUCAGAGCUGCCAGUAGCUACCAGACAUUAUGGUUUCUGAAUCAGCAGUUGCUGCCAGAUCCUUUGAAGCCGGGCCCUGCACCACUUCUCGUAGUUCGGACUUCACGCGCUCGGCUACCUUAGGAACACCUCUCGGCGGUUGAUGCUUCUUCUGCCACUCUUCGUCUCUCAGUGAUCACGCCGUCUCGCGCAUACUGCUGGGGGGAACAACCCCAGGAGGUGAACAGUCGGCUUGGAUAUGCGAAGCAACACGUCGGAUACGGUGAUACAGCCUUGUUGCAUGUAUUGAACCUAUGUCCAUGACCGUUCGACUUCUUCCGUGUGCGAGAGGAAUGUUGUAGGAGGAGGCGGAUGAUGUGGAUGAGGACC